GGGUUAACGAUUCUGGUCAUGAUAAUGUUUGUAUGGUUGUGUUGAAAAUGACUGGUAGCUGUAGCAUUCAUGAGUUUAUUUGUCCCCAUAUGGCUCACAGGUGCACAGUACCAUGUGUUUCUAGUUAUACAUCUCACUUAGGCUUGGUUCUGAGAUAUACUAAGAUUGUCUUCUCGAAAACAUCCAACAACUGUUCAUUGAAAAUUGGAAAAAAAGACAGGUGUUUUACAUUUUAAGUGGGAUUUGCAGGAUGUUGUGAUGCUUGUUUGUAGGUGUGGGAAGGCGUAGCUUCUAGUACCGGAAGCUGAGCUGUUUUGGGUGAUCGCUGGAUGUGUGUUUAUGCGGUGAAAGCCAAACUCCAUGAUCGCAAGAUGUGUGACUCACCGUUUCUGCAAACUGCCUUGAGCCAAAACGUUUCACCUUGUAAGUAUUCGCAUUCUGGCAUCACUAGUCAUUCGGAAAUUCAGUCGUAUGCUGCAAAACAACUUCAGAGUGAGAGCUCAUUUUCACAGGUGACCAAUCUCGAUGAAGGUAUUGGAAGAUUUGGGUCGUGCACUAAAAGCAGUGAUACUUACCCUUACAGAUUCCAGCUUGAACAGGAUGUACAACAGUUGCAACUGCAGCUGCGAGAAGAACUAGAGCUACAUGCUAUUCUGCAAAAUGCGAUUGAGAAAAACACUGUUAAAUUUUCCAGUGCGUUGUGCCUCCCUAACUAUGCUCAAGAGCUGCUAAGCAAUAUUUCUGCACUGGAGGUUACAGUGUCAAAACUCGAACAGGAGUUGGUUGCUUUGCAAUUCCAACUUAGUCAAGAAAGAAAUGAACGAAGGCUUGCAGAAUAUCGUCUGAGACAUCCAUCUCCUCAGUCAAUGUCUCCUAACUCCUCUGACAUUGUGAAACUACCGAUUUCAUCUUCUUUGAGGACUUCAGAGCAGUCCAAUUGUAAAAUACAUCAUUCCUCUGAAGACGACUCAUGUGAGGAGCCGAAGGAUCAACAAUCAGAACCUAGUGGCAAAACAUCUUUACAGUCGGUAACUGAGAAUGCAGUGGACUCCAUUGCAAAUUGCCAUGAUAUGAAAAUGUUGAGGAAGAUGGAUUCUGAAUCUUUUCAACCUGCUGAGCUCAGGAGGCUUCCUAAGGGGAUGCGCCCCAAGGGCCUCUGGGAUCAUCCAAAUCAACUGUCAGAGGAGAUGGUGAGAUGCAUGAAAAAUAUAUUCAUAUCUUUGGCUGAUUCAGCUACAACGUCAAAAUCUUCAGUGCAAGAGAGCCAAUGCUCAUCUAUGUCACCACGCGGACAUCUUUCCAAUUCCUCUUGGUGGUCAUCAUCGGAACGGUCGGUGAUUUCAUCAUGGGUGCAGAGCCCACAGGUUGACAUACAUAGUAACUCUGAAGUAUUAGCAGAGAAUGCCUGUGAUCCCUACAAAGUUCGAGGAAAACUGAGUUGGGCGGAGAUUGGGAACUAUGGAUUAGCGACUGAAGUUUCUUGGAUGUCAGUUGGGAAGAAGCAAUUAGAAUAUGCUGCAGGUGCGUUGAGGAGAUUCAGAGUACUUGUGGAGCAACUGGCGAAAGUAAACCCUAUCCAUUUGAGUUACAAUGAGAAGCUUGCUUUCUGGAUUAACUUGUACAAUGCACUGAUCAUGCAUGCUUACUUGGCUUAUGGAGUCCCUAGAAGUGACUUGAAGCUCUUCUCUUUGAUGCAAAAGGCGGCUUACACAGUUGGCGAACAUUCUUUCAGUGCAGCUGCCAUUGAGUAUGUAAUUCUGAAGAUGAAACCGCCACUCCAUAGACCACAAAUUGCUUUGCUUCUUGCACUUCACAAACUGAAGGUCUCAGAUGAGCAACGGAAGUCUGCAAUUGAUACAUAUGAACCACUUGCAACCUUUGCUUUAAGCUGUGGAAUGUACUCUUCGCCAGCGGUAAGAACCUACACUGCUAAAAAUGUGAGGGAAGAGCUUCAGGAAGCCCAGCGUGAUUUCAUUCGAGCUUCAGUUGGGGUGAGCAGCAAGGGGAGGUUGUUGGUGCCAAAAAUGCUGCACUGCUUUGCCAAGGGCCUUGUGGAUGAUUCAAAUUUGGCUGUGUGGAUAUCACAUUACCUUCCACCCCACCAAGCUGCCUUUGUUGAACAAUGCAUGUCACAGAGGCGACAAAGUCUUCUUGGUUCGCGCAACUGUGGGAUUCUGCCAUUUGACUCACGCUUCCGGUACCUCUUCCUGCCUGACAACAUUCCUUUAUGAAUGAUACCUGGUUAUACUACACUGCCAAAUACCUCAGAUUAGUCUCUGACAUCUAGCUAAAGUUAGCUUGCCCUAAAUAACGUGGUGAUACAAAAGAUCGGACUAGUUGACAAUGCAAGUGUAAGCAUGCGUGAAGAAAAACCAUUCGGUGGCAGUUAGGGUCUUUCACCUCGUAGACCUCAUACCCCUCACGGGGGUGUUCUACAUGUUCAUGGAUAAGUUAACAGGAGUUGACGGGGUGUGCUUGAAGGUGACUGAUGUGUAUUUGCUUGUAUUCUAGAACCGUAAAAUAAGAGUUGGCAAUAAUCGCGGCCGUAAGAUUGUUCAUUGCUUAAGUUAAACGUAAUACGCCUGGUAACUUCACAAAUUAAUUACUCAGGUCGCACAAGGGCAGGUUAAUUACUCUCUUAA